AUGCCCCCUCCCUCCACCGUAAUUACAAAGCUCAAAGUAGCGCUGAAGCUCUCCGUCUCGCGCCUGCGCAUGGUGCAGCAGCGCGAGACGGCCCUCGCAAAGGUCAACCGCCGCCAGAUGGCCCAGCUGCUCGAGCAGGGCAAGGAGGAGUCGGCGCGCAUCCGCGUCGAGAACAUCAUCCGCCAGGACAUCUCGGUCGAGCUCAUGGAGAUCCUGGAGCUGUACUGCGAGCUGCUGCUGGCGCGCGUGCAGCUGCUGGAAGCAAAGGAGUGCGACCCAGGCCUCGAAGAAGCAAUCAAGAGCAUCAUCUACGCCGCGCCCCGCACCGAGAUCAAAGAGCUGCAGCAAGCGCGCCAGCUGCUCAUCGAGAAGUACGGGAAAGAGUUCGCCCUCGCCGCCAUCGAGAACACCGACAACAAGGUUGGCGACCGCGUGCUCAAGAAGCUGCGCGUCGAGCCGCCGUCCGAGACGCUCGUCACGCUGUACCUGAAGGAGAUUGCGCGCACGUAUGGUAUUGCGUGGGGCCGCACGCCGCCGUCCAGCCCGCCGCUGCCGCCCGCUUACGACGACGACGAGCCGAGCACGGCCGAGGCGGUCCUGGGCGAUGCGACGGCGGCGGAGCUGGCGCCGCCGAGGACCAUGAGGGGCGCGGUCAAUGUGGCGCCGCCGUCGCCGAGUACAGAGAAUGUGCAUCCGACGAUUAAGGUUCCGGGCCCCGCGGCGGUGGUGCCGGUGGCGAGGAAGGGGCCGGCGGUGGCGGCGGCGAAGAAGAAUCCGCUGGAUGAUGAUGAUCUGGCGGCGAGGUUUGCUGCGCUGAAAAGACAUAGGACUCCUACUACUACUUCUGCUGCUACUUCUGCUACUACUGCUCUUGCUGCUUCUACUUCUGCUUCCUCUUUUGCCACUGCUGCUGCUGCUUCCGCGCCCAAAAUGCCCCCCAGGACCGCUGUGCCACGUGCUAGAAGACCCAUUCCCACCUCCUCCUCCUUCACCACCCGCGCACCAAAGAAGAAGGCACGGAAUCUUUCAAUGCCGCUUAGGGCGCUACUACUCGUGUUUGUGCUCGGCCUCGCGGCGUAUUUAUACCUCCAGCGCAGUGCUGUAGUGCCGUUCGGCCACUACAAACUUCAGGAGCAAAUGACUAGUGUGACAACUGAAACCACGUCGGCGACUACGGGGGAGAGGGAGAGGGAGAGGGAGAGGGAGAGGGAGAGGGAGAGGGAGGUGUGUGCUGUGCCUGAGGUGACGCUUGCGGUGGGCCCUGGUGUGGGUGUGGGUGCGGGUGCGGGUAAGGAUGGGGAUGGGGUUGGGGAGGGGGAUGGGGGUCAGGGGGAGUGGGAGUGGUUUGUGACGACGGGGAGGAGGUGGAGGAACUUUAGAGAGUUUGUGGGUACAACCAAUGAAUCUAAUAUCACACCAGGUAGGGACUUGGCUAUGUCUGUGGCUGUAAAUGUCUUCUGUAUCAGGCAGAGGAGGACAGAACGCCGUGGUACAGAGUGCGAGUCGGCUCUCAUUUUUAAGCUAGUUUGGCAAUACCGCAUGGGGACGGCUCGGAGAUGGAAUGGCUCCUACACCAAUAUUAGAGUACAAACCAUUCGCAACCAGCGCACCAUAAGGGGAAGAUAA